AUGUCCCAAGUUCUUAUUGAUCAUCUCCCUUACAUUGACACCGAUGAACCAUCGGAACAAAUGAUCCAGCUCUCGAAAACUCUCAUUGACAAAGAACUUACUCACAUGAAUCCAUCAAAUCUUCAUCCAAAUCUUCCCAAACCUCUUUCGUCAUCUCUGUCUGAACCUCUCGACUCUUGGCUCACACAUGUCGGCACUCGCACCGACUCUGAUCCCCACCACAAAUACCCUCGUCUUGACUUAGACCGCUAUUCUUCUCCCCUUUCUUCUUCAUCUUCUUCUUCUCCAGACCUUGCUCAAGCUUAUGUUGCACUUGCUUACACUCAAGCUCGUCGUGAGAGUUUGGCAUUGGCUGCAACUCACGGCAAAAACCAGUGGCUUGCAGGCAACGCUACACUAGAACGUACACUUGAAAAUGUAGAGUCUGCUCAACGCGAAGCUCGUGCACGCGUUGAACUGGCCCAGAAUGCAAGACGAGAGGCUCAAAAUGCUGCACGGCCCACAGUCGAGUAUUUGGAAGACCGUUGGAAAAAUGGGAUCCAAAAUGUGGUUCAGGUCAAUGUUGCUGCGCUAGAACUUAAGGCCCAAAAGAAAGAGUAA